GAUCUUCAUGCGUGUUGGGUGCGAGUUUGAUUUGAUUAUACGAGUGUUUUGGUUUGACAGAGCAAAGAGAAAGUCCUGCAGUGGGAGCAGAGUAAGAAGCUGCAGUUGAAGUUGGAGAAGCUGAAGAACACGCUGAGUGACAAGGAACAGGAAAAUGACUCCCUGUCCAAACAGCUUCGUCUGAUAAAAGACCUCAAUGGCCGGCUGGAGAAAGAGAAGAAUUGUCUGCAGUACAAGAUGAGGGCUCUUGAUCAGGUGGUGGCCGUGAAGAGAGAAGAGCUGAUGACGGUGGAGGAGCAGAAAGAGAAGAACACAAAGAUGGAGACUCAGCUGCUCACCAAACAACCACAGACUGGUGAGGGCAACAUGGAGGAUUUUAGUAAGAAGAGCCAAAACCUUGAAGAGAGACUUCAGUCCUUGGAGAAGCAGAUGUCCAACAUGUCCCCAGCAAGACCAGCAAAAGCGGAGAAGAACGCUGAGCAUCCAUCACAGAAAGAUGAAGAAUUGCAGAAACAAAACCUCAAGCUGGUCUCUGACACGGAGCUCUGCCUCCAACUUGAACAUGCCACCGUAGACCUGCCCAGAGUCUCGAAGAAGGUCACCUACCUGGAGGAGAGCUGCAAAGCCCUGAAGAGUGGAAGUGCUCAUCUCCAGACCAGACUCUCACACAUGUCAGGUGCCAGACCUGAAGCAGUCGAAUGGCGUACUCGUUCAAUGAAUUGAUGACCUCAGUGCUGCUGGGGUCCAGACCCUCAGGAAGGGCCAGAGGACGGAAGAAGACUCCACUGCUGCCCGACUUCCUCAGGUGUUCCAGUUCACUUUCCAGGUGGCUCAUCUGACUCAUCAAAACACACGUGGUAGUUACAAUCAGCUUUGUCAAGCUGCCUUGAUACAAAUCAGAUGAAUCUGUUUUUUAUGCUCAUUUA